AUGGAAGAAGAAGCCCAUGAAUUCUUCCACACAGCUGAUCACUUCGCCGUCGAUGACCUCUUGGUCGAUUUCUCUAACGAUGAUGACGACGAAAACGAUGUCAUUGCUGAUUCCGACGCCGCCAACACAGCCACCACCGUAACCGGCAGCUCUAACUCCUCCUCCUUCUCUGCCGGUGGUCUCCUCAAUUUUAACGGUGACGUUCAAGACGGCACCAGCUUCUCCGGCGAACUUUGCGUACCGAACGAUGAUUUGGCUGAGCUGGAGUGGCUGUCGAACUUCGUGGACGACUCGUCGUUCUCGACCGACGAUGUACAAAACCUCCAGCUAAUAUCCGGUUACAAGACCCCACCCGACCCGAAAUCCGAAUCCGGACCGGAAAACCCGAACACCAGCAGUCCGAUUUUCACCACUGAAGUCUCUGUGCCGGCCAAAGCAAGGAGCAAACGCUCACGCGCUGCAGCGUGCAAUUGGGCCUCACGUGGGCUUCUCAUGGAAGCGGUUUGCGACAACCCGUUCACCGGAGAAACAGUUCUCACCUGCCACCACCUGUCUCCGCCGACUUCUCCCACGGGGAUGGCUCAGCUCGGGAAAAAGCAAGCCAUCGACGGUUUCCGGCGGAAGAAGGAAGCCUCGCCGGAGUCAGGUGGCGCAGAGGAGCGGCGGUGUCUACACUGCGCCACGGACAAGACUCCACAGUGGCGGACAGGCCCAAUGGGCCCGAAGACGCUUUGCAACGCUUGCGGCGUCAGGUACAAAUCCGGGCGUCUUGUCCCCGAGUACCGGCCGGCGGCGAGUCCGACGUUCGUGCUGACGAAACACUCCAAUUCUCAUCGGAAAGUUAUGGAGCUCCGGCGGCAGAAGGAGAUGACGAGGGCCCACCAUGAGUUCAUACAUCACCAUCACGGUACGGACACUGCCAUGAUUUUCGACGUCUCAUCGGACGGUGAUGAUUACUUGAUCCACCACAACGUUGGCCCAGAUUUCAGACAGCUUAUUUGA